GAAACAAUUUCUGAACAGCUCUACAGUGGACGCCCACCCCGAAGCAAAGACGUUUACUGCGUCAGCAGCAAGCGAGCUGUCAGUUGUUAUCACUUAAGCCACUAUGUUUCCACGCCCCGUCGUCUUUCUCCCAUUAAGCCCUUUCUCCUUAGUGCCUCCUUAGCACCUUUCUGACAGCCGUCAUGUCUUCCCUCUUGCUAUACGCCCUGCUUUUCAUAGUCAACUCUUACAUCGCAACUGCUGCAGAGACCCUGAAGAUCUUCAUCGAUGAAGUACCCGACUAUGCUCUCCUGUCGACAUGUGCGGAGGCCCAGCUCUCGACCAUCGUUCGAGACAUGGCCUAUGGUUGCGGUGACGACUCCCUAACGACAUCGUACAUAUGCUUCUGCUACCUGAGCUCCGCAAGCGUGACGAGCCAGAUCAGAAAGCAUGUCGAGAGCGCAUGCUCCGAGCAGCCCGCACAGAACGCUUCCAUGGCUCUCUCGGUGUUCGACAGCUACUGUCAUAUAGGCCAUCUGGAGCAACCUUCCUCAAGUACGAAUCUGGCAGGCCAACUAUGAUGUAGAUAGAUUCAGUAGCUAAGAGUUCGUUGUAGCAGUCACCAUCUCCUUCGUCAUCAGACGACAACACCAACGUCGCCGCCAUCGCAGCAGGUGUCACCGUCCCCGUGGUCGUCCUCUCCGUAGCUCUAGCAGGCUUCCUCAUCUACCACCGCAAGCAGAAAGCAAAGAAAGCCGCGGCCGCCGAAC